CACAGACUAAAAUAGGAAUAGGAAGUUCUGACAUUUUGUGCGUCCAUGUACGUCCCCUUUUUAACUUCUGUGUCGACUGAUUGUUUUCAUCGUGAUCAGCUCGUGAAAUGCUGUUUCAUUGAGAGGAACAAGUGACCGCUUUAUUGGAGGAUCGAAUACAUCAUACUUUUAAACUACUAAGCUAACGAUGGCCGCGGCCGGUGGUGCUGGAGGGGGCCGAAACUUCAAUUUCAAAGUUGUUUUGUUAGGGGAGGGUUGUGUAGGUAAAACCUCCCUUGUGCUCAGAUACGUGGAAAACAAGUUCAAUGACAAGCACAUCACUACAUUACAGGAUACAGCUGGUCAGGAAAGGUUCCAUGCACUUGGGCCUAUAUACUACAGAGACAGCAAUGGUGCCAUUCUAGUUUAUGACAUAACAGAUGAAGAUUCUUUUCAAAAGGUCAAGAACUGGGUUAAAGAGUUGAGAAGAAUGUUGGGUCAGGAAGUGUGUUUGUGUAUAGCUGGAAACAAGACAGACUUGGAGAAAAGUCGACAUGUCACCGUUGAAGAAGCAGAAGCGUAUGCUGCCUCGGUUGGAGCAAAACAUUUUCACACAUCAGCAAAGUUGAACAGGGGCAUAGAAGAGUUGUUUUUAGACUUGAGCAAAAGCAUGAUUGAGAAAGCGGAGACAACAAGCACGUUGAAAGGAGGAAGACCUGGGAGCACCAACAGAAAGAGUGCGGUCUUAGUGGUGGACGAUUCCACGGAGCAACCUCCACAGAAGUCAGGCUGCUGCGGCUAGAUCAUUUUACACGCUACACCACAGUCCACGGUUGUCACUGUCAUUGUCUGGCCUUACUAUUUAUAAUCAUAUGUGUGUGAAGGAUCAUGCUGCAAUGUGAUAAUGAGUGAGAAGAUGAUGAAGUCUUUAUUUUUACAACUGAGAAAAGGGAGGAACAUUUCCAAUAGCUCUGGGUGGAUGGUCGGACAGGUCUUCAGCCUAUUUUUUUAUUUUUUAUUUUCUCUAACUUUCAGGGAGAAUUUCAAUGUUCAAAGAUAAAUCAUUCUUGGUUGUAAUUAAGACUGAAAAAGAACCUGGUGUACUAUAAGGACUAAAUGUUAAAAAGGGAGUCUUUCUAUUAAUAAUAAAUGUGUUUUGGAAGUACAGCUAAAAUACUCCUUAUUGCGAGUUUGACAGUAGGAGGAGGGGCUGUUCCGUCUUCUCUGAUGAUAGUGUUUGUACUGAAUCGGUCGUCAUCUCGUGUCCUGUGAUGAUAAUGUGUGUGUGGCUGAUUGAGCCGCUGCAUGCCGGAAAGUGCUGGUUGCUGUGGGGGGAGGAAUGAAUAUUCUGCACUCUCACAUCACUUCUGAUGCUGCGUAUAUAUGCCUUUGUUGCUUCUUCUUUUUCUUUCAUCCUGAGAUUUGUUUUGAGUUCCUGUUUCCAUUAGCACUGAUAUUUGGUUGUCUGUUCCCAGGUUGUUAAAUUGAUCUCAGAUGAAGUCGUUUCUGUCUUGUAGGAUUUUGGGUCUUAGUUUUGCCUCUUUUUUUUCCUUUUUGUAUUCUUCAAAUCUUGAUGGAUUGGUCUAUUGGUAUUUUCCCAUCCCCAUGGUCCAGUAUACAGUACCCUAGGAACUCCUGAUGUUGCCAAUAUCCGUGCUGUUAAAUCUUUUCUGGCCAUGUUUUUAAAAAACUGAACCUAAGACAUCUCCCGUGUAAGCUGUUGAGCUUUUUCUCCCGAUGUGGAUAGGCAUUUGUGGGCAAAGUCACAGGUUUUAUAAACAUCAAUGAUAUUAACAUUAGUCUGUACAGAAAGCAACCAUUUAGUUGUGUACUGGAAUGUCAGUUUUGAAAAAUGAGCCCGGCUUGUUGUGUGUGGGUACUUAAGAUUUGUUUGUAUUUCAAAUCUCUGAUUGGAAUAACAUACCUUUUCCAACCAUUUUUUCCCUCUCUGAGAUAUGUCUGAUACUUGUACUCUACAGACUGAUUACCUGACCCUCUCUUUUGUCUUGGAAACAACAGUUCCUAAUGAAUGGCAUAAUAAACCCGUACCACAGCAUGACUUGAAAUUGUUAAAAGUUCAGAUGUACAGUAUUUUGUCUAUAACCUGAAACUUGAAAUGUUCUCUGAAUUAAUAACCACUCUUUACAGAGGCACUGACUUGAUAAAAAUUCUUUUUUUUUCAUUUAUUGUACUUUGAGUCUUAAAUUUUGUAUUUGCACAUCGAAGCUUUGACCUCUGUUUUGGGUUUCACAGGGUUUGUUGGUUAAUUUCUACUGAUCUUUUUGUUUGGAACAUGGACUGUAUUUGUCUUGAAAUGAAGAAAGCCUUUAAAAAAGGUUUUAAGUGACUUUCAUUAACGUCUUUAGCAUGCUUAUUAAUGUUUGUAUCGCAAUUUAUUUUCAGAUGUGUUUUGGAUUUUCUGUUUCGCAAAAUUUCCUUGCCAUGUUCAAACCCAAAAAGUUACCUGCAUUUAAAACAAAGGAAACUAGUUUUGUUCCGAAACAGGAUUGUUUAGAAAUAUGAAUUGAAGCGUGCUGUGGCAGGUCAUUACUUUCCUUUCAGCCAUGCUUGCUUUAACUCUUUGAAGAUGCGUCAGCGGGGGGGGGGGGGAACCUACCAUUGUCGUCGUGUCAGCGGAUAAUCCCCUGACAAUUUUGAACGCGUUAAUUUGCUAAACUAGUGAUCUAAGGUGGCAACCCUAUAUCAUUGAAAGGCUUGUCCAAAGCCGUAAAAUUUGGUUGAUUCCCUCUAUUUGCUUUCGAAUUAGGAUAGCUUUGCGUGGCGUUUGUUUUAGGCCCAUUGUUUCGCACAAAAUGUCGCAGUUUUUAUCAAAAUUAGCGAGCUCCAGGCGACGUGGUUUGAUGGGGACCGAAGAAGUUUUGGGGUUGUUUAUGGAUGUUGGCAGUGAUGAGGAGUUAGAUUUAGAGUUAAAAGAAGAACGUUAAGAUGAUUAUGAUGAUGAAUCUGUACCAUUGGUUGGUAGAUCUACCUGACCCCAAGUCUUGUCCAAAAAAUGUUUCUUUUGAGGGCAACUAUACUGAUCUUGCAACCUUGAUCAAGGUAAGACUGGCAUUGUGAAUGUAUGAUUGAUUGGUACUGGAGAAAAAUAGAGAAAUUCCUCUUUUUAGUGGUGUAAGUGUGAUUUUUGUACUGUUGAUAGGAAAAAAAUGGUGACCUGGUAAAAAAAAGGGCAAAAGUAUCGAGAAAGGGAAAGUGGGUGCGUCUUCAAAGAGUUAAAAACAAGCUGCAGAUUUGUCAGGCGGGGAUCUCUGCUACUUGUAAGGGGCAGGUUUUCUUUUUAGCUCUGUUUUUGUCUCAGCAUUUUUUUUGUCAUUCUCUUUUUGUUUUUGUUGUGUAUUUCAUUUGUUUUUAUUUUUUUCUCAAGUUGUUCCUGCUUUCCUUUUUGCUUCAAAUUGCUCAUUGGUAUGGAAUGUUUUGUGUUUACUUCGUAUUUGUGCUGUGUUUUGAUGAAGGGUUAAAGUGACUGAGUUUUUUUUUAGCUCAGAGCUAUAAAUCUGAAAAGUAUGCUAUUUGGAGAUCAAAGAGGUUUUUGGAUUUUUUUUUCUUGGGUGGUUGUCUAAUGUUGAAAUUUUCGUUGUUGUUUUUUUCUAAAACCAAGAUACAUUUUUUAAAAACUCAUGGUUAAGAAUAUGAUUCUGGUACAUGUCAUUCCUCAAGCUGAGAAUGAGUUGUGUUUUUUUUGGUGUAUGAAUUUGGAGAGAAUGCCAUAACUCUUGAAGUAUUUUCUAUUGUCUUACACCAAGGUGAUCUUUUUUCCAGGGGCCUUAGCAUGUCCAUGGAAAAGGCUCAGGUUCUUUAUGCCUGUGGUCUAAUGGUAGAUGAGUUUGGGCUCUUUGCCUUUUGAAUUUAAACAUAAAAUGUUCGUAGGUCCCGUGUACUUAUUGUAUUUUACAGACUAUAGGGAUUGAAAGUCAAAGGUUGGCUUCACACAAUGAAAUUUUUUAAUAAUCGUCUCUUAAAAUGGAAGAAAUACAUGUAAUUAAAGGAUUUUGAAGACAACUGAAAACUACCAGAGACUGAAAUUCAGCGGACCCCGUGUUUUAGUAUUUGCAAAUCGUCUUUAGGCUGUGUGAAUAUUAAAGUUAACCGAGGACGCUUUUAUACGUUCUGAUAUAUCUUGGUUAUUAUUUUAGAUAAAUGUGAAAUGAGGGAACUUUUUGUAGUCAUUCCCGAGGUAUGCAAGAGGUGCUGUUUGUUGUUUGCUUACUGCAAUGAUUGUCUGUGUGAAAACCAAGUUCACAAGUUAUUAUCUGUUGCCUUGAAUCCUACUGUGUUGUUUGUGAUGUUGUAGUAUUGUACAGAUGUAUGCAUCCGAAUUAUUGCAGAAUUCCCUUAGAACAGAAUAAAUGAAUGAAUGUGUAUGCAUUGAUUUGUGAUUGGAUAAUUUCAUUUCACUGGCUUGGAGUAUAUCUGGUGUGUGUGUGAGUGUGUGUAAGUGUGUACACACAUUGUAUUCUGCCCUUUCAUAACACUUUUUGGUUUAUUUAUUUUGUUUAGGAUUUUUAUUAUAUAUUUUGAAAAUAUAGCUGUAUCUGAUAAGCUUAAGAAAUGUAAAAUCAUCCACUAAAGCUUGGUUUAUAUAUAUUAAGUUUCGUGAUAUUCUAAAAGAGGAAAAGAUUGAUGGUAGACCCAUAAACUCACAUCAAUAUGAAUAAUAGCCCUGCCCUAUUCAGAAAUAAAUGCGGAAUCACUUGGAUUUUGCUUCCUUCUUUUGUGCAUUUUUAAAGCCAUUUCUUUUUUUUUCCAUGAAUACCAGAGCUUCACUGCCAUCCUGAGUCAGAGCAUUUGUGCUUUUUACCUGUGAGUCAAAAGCUUUUAUGUAUGAAUUUUCUCCAGAAACCUGCACUUUUCUUUGAAUGUGAUCAUAAUUUUGAAUAAGCUGACUUAAAAGAAUCUUGCUUCUGAAUAUCAACCCUGUUUGUUAUGAUGGAUGCAGCACCCUCUUUUUCUGUACAGUAUGUCCAUGAAGUUUUGGUGAGUUUGUUAGAAAACUGGGAUUGACUGAUGAUUAUUCCUCAAUAUUACAGGUGAUACUUUCAAAGUAGUUUGUUAAUGGGAGAGAUGAGGGAAAUGUGUGUUGUUUGUGGCACAUUUUAUAAGAAAAAGAAAUUUUGGUUUUUGCAGGCAGCUUUCUUAGUUUUGUGACUAUUAAUUUGGACUAUCAGCAUCUAUGGAUGAGUAUUUUAUUUUGAUGCAAAUAUUUUUUAGGAUGACAAAACAGCUGAAAAAUGAAUUGUUCAACACUUGUAGAUUUUACUUUUUUUUAAAAAGAUGAGUAAAUAUGACAGCUAAGCAGGUAUAAAAAUGUGUUGUAUUAUUUACUAUAUGCAUCUUGUGGCCUUACCUUUUUCUGGGAGUGACAGAUAAUUUGCUACUGAAAGUACGUCAGUUUGUCAAAAAAUUGUUUCACAAAUGCUGUGCCUCUUCAUAAUCAUAUUGGCAUUUACUGGCACCUCUGGUGUAAUGACUCUAAGGCUCCUCCUUUCCAUUACAAUCAGACUACGUGAAUUCGAUUUUUGUUGGGGAAGGGGGGGGGGGGUUAGAGGUUUAUUUGGAUACAUACAUCUGUCCGUCUUCUGGAAUGAUAUAUCGUGUUACACGCAGGUUAGCCCACUAAUGGGUAGGGUCGAAGGGUCUCGCCUCGUGGAUAAUCCAAAUUGUGACUAUCUGGGUGAAAUACAUGUGCAUUAAUAGUCAUUUGUUUGUGUUUGGUAUCACGUAAGCCUGCCUGUGGCGAGGACAUACACUUUGCUGGCUGCUCAAUUUCUCCAUGUUUUUUGAGAGAUGACCAUGCAACUUGUGAGUGACCAGGUGGUGAGGGGAAUACAGCUGCCCUUUGCCGCCGAUUUCUGAAACUUAAAAGACCCCAGCUCAAAGCCACCAGCGAAUGUGUAGACUGUUGAAAUUAUGCUUUGUGUGCAGGGCUUUUCUUUUAAAGCAAAGGAUGUUUUUUUUAACUAUGUACUCUAAAGAGUGAGUAAGGUUAACCAGCAACGUGGGUCAUGUCAUGGUUUGUCAUGAGUUUGCAAGGUUUGUCAUGAGUUUGCAAGGUUUGUCAUGAGUUUGCAUUUGUUGUAAGUUAGGGGUGUUUUGAUUUCGAAUUUAUAAAAAAAUCAUUACAGUCAGUAUGGCAUGUUUUGAAACUGUAUUUUUCUCAAAACAAUGGUUUCUGUCCCUCUUUACCUUAUGUAUUGUGCGUGUUUGUGAUGUAAAUGUGCUGCUUUAUUCUCAGUCCAACAGGCUCCAGAAAUUUUACUUGUGUUUAAAUGGCACCCAUAGUGUAUGUUUUUCUGGUAAUAAUAUAUGUAGUAUCCUUUCAUAUCUUAUUUCCUUUUUUGUGUGUGUUUCUUUGUGUGUUGGCUGAAUUUGUUUGUUUGUUUGUUUGUUUUUUCUUAAUGAUUGAUUUUGAUUUAUUUCUUUUAAUUAUAAACUGAACACAAGGGAAUUUGUGUGUGUCUGGGUCACUUGUACCAGUGACCAUUUUGUUCCUGAAAAAAUCUUUCAAUUCCAGAUUCUCAUGCUAUUGAUAUGACAAAAACAGCAAUUUCAUUCACUGUUUUGAAACAUUUUUUUAAAAGCUUAAUGUACGUUUAUAUUAUGUAUGCAUGUUGACUUCUGUGUAUAUAUUAUCUUCCUUUUUGGACUGGCUGAGCAGAAUGGUUCUGGAGUAGUUGUGGUGUUCUUGGGUGUGUACUUGAUGAAAUAAUUAUUGCUCGUUUAUUAAAAGAAUUUGAAGAGAAAAACGGUAACUUUAAUGUAGAAAUUAUUUGUUUCAUGCCACUGCAAACAAAAUAACAACCUUGAGACAUUAA